AGUAGAUUUAAAUUUGAAGAAGAAGAAGAGAGGGGAAAGGAGAAGAAGGAAGGAGGAAGAAAAUAGUUCAGGGGUAAAAUUGUAAAAAAUGAAAUAUAGGUGAGUAAUUUUUGAACUGCGAAAAGCAAUUCAGAUAUAAAAUAUUCUUUUUUAAUAUAAACAAUUGAUUUGUAAAUUGACUGGAGAAUUUAUUUAUUGAUGAUGGCUCCCCCAAAAUUGAAAGAGGAAACGAAUUAGCCCCCGCGUUUUCUUGCCUUUUGUGCUAAAUUGCUAAUCCUCCAACCUUUCUCUCACUUUCAAUCUUUACACCUGUUUCAAAAUCACUCCUGUAUUUAUUCGCCGCCAACCAGUCCUCUUUUUCCAAUUCCGGCAAUGGCGGACCCUACGGAGGCGGCGAAACCCUCGGUCGAAGACGGUGAAGUUGAAGACCAGGUUGUGAAUCCAUGGACAGUAGCUGCGAAGCCUGGAGGCAAAAUCGACUACGAUAAGUUGAUUGACAAAUUCGGAUGUCAGAAACUGGACCAACCGUUAAUCGACCGUGUUCAGCGUCUCACUAACAAGCCUCCACAUGUCUUCCUCCGCCGCGGUGUCUUCUUUGCUCAUCGUGACUUCGCUCAGCUUCUUGAUGCUUAUGAGAGAGGGGAGAAGUUCUACUUGUAUACUGGCCGUGGUCCUUCUUCUGAAGCCCUGCAUCUUGGCCAUCUUAUUCCCUUCAUGUUCACUAAGUAGGAUUUUCGCUGAAUUCUCUUUCCAGUCAGUGUUUGUAUUAGCCUUGAAUAUUUGAUGCUUUGUAGGUAAUAAUCACUUGGGAAAUUCCGCUGUUAAUACUGACAUGUUUUUGUUUUUCCUUGUUUCGUGUUUAGAAUUAUGUGUUCAGAAUUAUCUGACCUAGCUUUUGAAUUGGUGUUCAUUUAUGGCAUGUUAAGCUCGUAAUUUUUUUUCUUCACCAAAUAUUUAACAAUUCCCAGAAAAGGAAGAAGUGACUAUGCCUUUUUAGGUUAAAUUAUAACUUACAUUUUACUUGAUAGUUUUUUCCUUAUCAUGUGAUGCCUUCUUUCAAGGUUUUUCGGUUAGAUGUUGGAGACAGUCAAAUGUUACAUUCUAUUUGAAGAAUUCAGUGCUGGAGUUUAUUUUCCUUUGCACUGUUGGGUCCGAUAUUGUGAAGGUUUUGAAAAUAAUUUCUUAAACAUUUACAUUUACAGGUACUUGCAAGAUGCUUUUAAAGUUCCUCUGGUGAUUCAGUUGACUGAUGAUGAGAAAUGCAUGUGGAAGAAUUUGUCUGUGGAGGAGAGCCAGAGACUAGCACGCGAGAAUGCAAAGGAUAUAAUAGCUUGUGGCUUCGAUGUAUCAAGGACCUUUAUAUUCUCUGAUUUUGACUAUGUUGGAGGUGAAUUCUACAAAAACAUGGUGAGGAUUGCAAAAUGUGUCACUUACAAUAAGGUGGUUGGCAUUUUUGGUUUCUCUGGAGAAGAUCACAUCGGGAAAGUUUCUUUUCCGCCUGUUCAGGCGGCUCCAUCCUUUCCAAGUUCAUUUCCGCAUCUUUUUUCUGGUAAAGAAAACCUUCGCUGUUUGAUUCCUUGUGCAAUUGAUCAGGAUCCUUAUUUCCGGAUGACACGAGAUGUUGCUCCUCGAAUAGGAUAUAACAAACCAUCGUUGAUUGAAUCAACAUUUUUUCCUGCGCUUCAGGGUGAAGGGGGGAAAAUGGGUGCCAGUGACCCAAAUUCGGCUAUUUUUGUCACAGAUACUGCAAAGGAGAUAAAGAAUAAGAUAAACAAGUUUGCAUUCUCUGGUGGAAAAGAUACUAUUGAGAAUCAACGGAAGUAUGGAGCAGACCUUGAGGUGGAUAUUCCCGUCAAGUAUCUUGGAUUUUUCCUGGAUGAUGAUGUUGAACUUGAACAUAUUAGAACGGAAUAUGGCGCUGGGCGAAUGCUAACAGGGGAAGUUAAGCAGCGACUCAUCCAAGUACUUACUGAAGUUGUAGAAAGACAUCGUAAAGCUCGUGCUGCAGUGACUGAUGAGGUAAGUGACUCUUUUCAUCCGGCAGAUGGUAAAGCAUUAAACUAAAUUGUUUACCAUUGCCAUCUCCUGAUUAAUAAGAACCUUCUGUUUCAUUCUAGCUUAGUUUCCUGACUGCUUUUUGCUGAUAUAUUAUACCAAAGAUAAGGCUUAAUGACAAUGCAGAUUGUUUUCCAGAGAAGUGAGAACUACUCCCUCUGUCCUGAAAAAUAGUCCAAACAGUACAUAUCUCGAAGCUCACUGUGGACUAUUUUUUUGUGACAGAGGGAGUAUAUCACAGUGGCUGCUUCAAUCCUCUAUGUUCCUUGUUUUUAAAUUAAAAAAGAGUACAAUGUGUUCAAGAAAGAAAAAGUUACUUAUAUCGCCUUUGUGUUUGCAGAUGGUAGAUGCAUUUAUGGCUGUUAGACCUUUGCCGAAUAUGUUCAGCUAAUUGGCAAAGUAGGUACUUUGGAAGACCAUUAGAGACUAUCCUACACGUUAGGAGCAAAUGUUUUGCAAUUUUUAUGACUUGUAUGAGGCUGUUGAUACUCAUAGGCAUUGAGCAAAGCAGAAGCUGGAUAAUCGUGAUAUUGCAGUCUGAAAAUUUCCACCUCUUUUUGAGACUGACCUCCAAAGAAGGGAAUCUUUUCUUUGUUGCUUUACCACCGUAGCUUAUAGAACUAGAAAUACAUACACGUUCAAAGUUCUAAACCUUUCCUUAGAGUUUUGGAUGUUGAAUUGCAGAUUGUAAUGAUUCGAGUCACAACUCACAAUACGUUGAAAAUAUUUCUCACAUAGGCAAAGAGGCCUUUACAGCCAAGUCAACAUCUUUGCCACUACAUUACUAGUAAUGAAUGGUAGUUUCUUGUGUCGAAGGGGCAGAACUGUUUUCGUUAGAUGAAUAACGCGCUUUUUUAUGGCCGUAAGGUUUCACGUCAAGUUUAUGUUACUCACGAAAUAAGCAUAAGUGAUGGUCGUG